AUGACUGUCGAGACCGCGAACGCCUCGUGGCAUCCGGCCUUCAUGCCAAAUGCUGCCAGUGGCGACGUAUCCGCUGAUGCCGCACCACCCUCAACCGCAAAUCACGACACAUCACCUCGGCCCGCUGCUGCCGAAAAACACCUCUCCGAUGAUACCGACCGUAGCCCCGAAUCACAGCAAACAUUCUCUUUCGAGGACAAGCCUGCGGUAGGAAGCAGUUCCUGGCUGGGCGCGGAAGCUACUCAGGACGAAUCUGACGAUUGGCCCAAUUUUGGUCAACUGGAUACUCUCCCAGUCGAACCGAAGGAGAAUGGCGAAGAAGCUCCAGCUACAACGGAGGCCCCAACUGAAGCUUCAGCUUGGGAACCCGGACCGAUCCCUGUCACCCAGGAGGCCGCGACGCAACAGGAUGUCCCCGCCGAUGAUGCCAAACCCGCCGGUCCCACGUUAGGUCACACCAGUAACGACUCCUUUACCCGAACGGUUGCCCACGAAGUUAAUUGGGACGACGACCACGAGGAAUGGACGCUUUCCCGAAGGGACACCGAUCCGUUCAAGUUCAUGCCGCCCAAUGACAGAACAAACUCUUUUCCGCCGGUGCCGCCUGUCGGAGCUUCCACCUCCGCUCCUGGAGAGGAACACCCUUUACCAUCAAAUCAAGCUGAGGAUCUGAUGCACGAGAUCGAGAACACACCGGACCAUUACGACGCGGCCGGCGACGAGCAAACACAUAAUGCUGCUUCUGCAUUCGAUUCGGGUUUUGGGAAUGAUACCGAGGAUAGUCAGCAGUACGUCGGUCGUGAUGAGACCUUUACCGAAGAGGAGGGUCUCGGCUCGCGAUAUGAAGAGGGCGUUCCUUUGAUUUCUCAAGUGGAUACCAACGGCGAUGCGCCACAGGCCGGGCCAUCAUUCACAGGGUUUGGCGACGACGAAGCCGCCGAUGAUGACUUCUUCAGCAAGGUUCAAGACACAAACAAUGACGAUUUCCCCGACUUCAGCGGCAAGCAACCCCUUGAACGCAAAUCCACCAUGCAAGUCCUAGGUGGCCUGGACGACUCUACGCUUUCAAGAAAAGACACGUUGGACGACAUGUUGGAAGAGGACGAGGAUGAGGAAGCGUGGCCGACCACCCAGCAGACGGAAACAUCAACCAAUACUGCACCGGAGCCCACACAGACCGAGAUAACACAACCCGAUGAUGCUGAAGCCAAGCCCACGGAAGACUUGGCCGCGAAAUGGGAGCAAGCCUUCGCAGGUGAUGACGAGGAUGACUUCUUACUCGACGAUACGCUUGACGCGUCUGGCGAAAGCAAGGCUGUCGACCCGUCGGCGUUUUUCGGCAGCGACGACGAAGGCUUCCUCGAGGAUGAUGACGAGCAGCAGGCUGCCCCUGCUGCUUCGACCGCCAACCAGGCGCAAACAUCUGGCACCCAGGGACGAUACACACCUCAAACGCCUGCCGCUGCUCCUCAACGGAGUAGCUCUAAUCCUUACGCUCCUGCACAGCCGGCAUUGUCUGCUUAUCAACCUCAGGCGGCUGCCUCGCCAUUCAUCCCAGCACCCUAUGCUGUUCAGCGUGCCCAGUCAGCCGCUCCUUAUGCGGCGGAACAGCAGUUGAGACCCGAGCCUUCCAAAGCCCAAAGCUUUGCUGCCCAGUCCAAGGGCGGUUACACAUCGCCGUAUGAUCUGCCCAUGCAGGUGGUUGUUCCUAAGAAGCGGGCGAGCACUUCUCAAGCUCCGAGAAGUCCUGCGACGGGACCGGCCCCGGGCCCGCCUCCCAGGAGCUCAAGCAUGCACGCGUCCACUCCUCCUCCCCCAAGAGCCGCUUCUUCCAGUGUCUCUCCGCCAACAUCAAGUCAUUCCGGCCAGCCUCCAGCGGGUGGGAAGCCUGCGCCGGUGCUGCGAAACAAGGAAAGCUUUUUCGAAGAUUUGCCAAUGACUUCAAAGCCUAGAUCUGCCUCUAGGCAAAGUCAGAGGGUUUCUUCACCAGCACAAACAGCUCCACCUCCACCCCUAGGACCCCCAGCACAGACCCGGCUUGCACCAUCACCGCUAUCGCCGCCGAUGCUGUCACCCGAUACCCCUGACAUGUCUCGUUCUGCCUCUGGAGGUAUCCCGAACCUCGUCUUAGGAGAGCGCCCGAACCCUUACGCGCCACAGCCGGGGCAACAGGCUCCCAGCAUUCCUAACAAUGCUAGAUACUCUCCUGCACCCCCGGCGGUCCCCGCAGCCAAUGGUCGCCCAUCAUCUUCCAGCAGAUACUCUCCUGCACCAACUGGCGCGAGGCCACCUGUGCCUUCUUACCACUCAGCGUCUCCUACUGUGCUGCCACACUUGCCUAGAACGUCAAGCCCCUUGGCUCAUUUUGAGGUUUCGCGUGAAGCUCCGAGUACCAAUGGAGACCACCUGGCCGAUCGCAGGUCGAGUUACAGCCUCGAACCAAGAAUCACAAGAGUUCCGUCACUCCCCGUCACCCGCGAGGUGGAAGAAGAGGAUGACUCCAGACCUUCCCACCUGAGCCAACCCGGAGGCGGCAUUCCUCCUGAGUCUAGGUAUAGCCCGGCACCGCCAGCGGCAGCUAGACACACGCCGCCGCCGCCACCUGCUUCGCAGGGACCUCCGAUGCAUUCGGCUCUGUCACCUCCGAAGAGGUCCAACUCCAACUACAUGCCACAGGCCGCAUCGCAUGAGUCGCCGCCGGACAACAGAUUUGCUCCGCCACCAAGAUCUCAGACGCAAUCUCCAGGCUCUUCUCACGGGAGACCGACCUCUCAACCUGUUGCGCGUCCAUCUUCCGUCCACAGCCCCACGUCUCCAAGGGCAACGAGAUCGUUCCCGCAACCGCAUGCGCCUGUCACCCGUCCGCGUGGACCUUCACAGAGUUUGAACAUGGUCGCGCCGACGGAUGGUCGUGAGCUUGAUACCUUGCAGAGAUGGAAGGGUGCUCCUAUCAUCUCUUGGGGCGUCGGCGGAACCAUGGUUACCUCCUUCCCGAAGAAUGUGCCUCGGUAUGGUAUCGGCCAGACGGCACCAAUGAUCAUCCGCAGCCCCGGAGAGGUCCAUGUCAAGCACAUCAAGGAUAUUCAGCCUCUCGAGGAGAGAUUGGCCAAGUUCCCGGGCCCUCUCAAAGGCAAAUCGAAGAAGAAGGAAACGGUUGCUUGGCUGACAGCUGGCAUUGAAUCGCUGGAGCGGGAGUUGCCGGACAUCUCAUUCCAAACACAGCUUUCUCACGAGCAUAAGCGUGCGGUCGAAAGAGUGUUGCUCUGGAAGAUUCUUCGCGUGUUCGUCGAAUUUGACGGUACCCUAGAAGCCACUCCGGCGGUCGACAAGGCGGUACGAGAUGUGCUUGCUCCCGGCCUCACUGUGGAGGAGGGCGAGCCCACACCCGGCUACGGUGCUGUUGUCAGCGCUGAAGCGCUUCAGGAGUCGUCUGUCACUCAGAUGAAGGCGGAUGCGGUCGACUCGUCUACGAUGGAUCACAUUCGCAAGCACCUUCUGGUCGGCGAGCGCGAGAAGGCCGUGUGGGCCGCAGUUGACAAACGCCUUUGGGGUCACGCCAUGCUGAUUUCCAACACUGUGUCCCCGGAUCUGUACAAGCAGGUUGCCCAGGAAUUCGUGCGCAAGGAGGUCAACUAUCCUGGCCACAAUAACGAGUCUGUUGCGGCACUCUACAAAGUGCUCUCUGGCAAUUUCGACGACUGCGUCGACGAGCUCGUUCCCGUGCAUGCCCGGGCUGGAUUCCAACUGAUGAACACGACUUCUGCCACCGGCCCAGCCAAGGACGCAACUGAGGGGCUCGACAAAUGGCGGGAGACGUUGGGACUGGUACUGAGCAACAGGAGCACUGAUGAUGUCCGUGCUCUGAAUGCUCUUGGCAAUCUUCUUUCAUCCUACGGGCGCGCUGAGGCAGCUCACAUUUGCUUCCUCUUUGGUAGGAAGGCGACCAUUUUUGGAGGUCUGGAUGACGGCACCUCAAACUUCGUCCUCGUUGGUGCCGAUCAUAAGACCCAGGGUGACCAGUUUGCCAAGGAGACCGAGGCGUUGCUGCUGAGUGAGGUCUACGAGUUUGGUUUGUCGCUGUCUGGCACCUCACCUCUGUCGGCUGGCGUGCCACACUUGGCGGCCUACAAACUGCAGCAUGCCAUGACGCUGGCCGAGUACGGUCUGCGAGACAAGGCACUGCAAUACUGCGAGGCCAUUGCCGGCUCGAUCACUGCUCAGACGAAGAGAUCUCCCUACUACCACCCCAUCUUGGAGACUGCAGUAGAGAACCUGAGGGCGAGACUAAAGCAGGCUCCUAAGGAAGAGUCUUCAUCUUGGAUUUCUAAGCCCAGUAUGAACAAGGUCUCAGACACAGUUUGGAGCCGUUUCAACAAGUUUGUUGCAGGCGAUGAGAACGAAAACGCCGCAGCUGGUGGCUCCGCCGAGGGUGCUGAAUCCGGACCGUUUGCUCGAAUUGCAGGUGGCACGCCGACCAUCAGCCGAUCUCCCUCAGUGUCCAACUUCGAACCGCUGUAUCAAGGUGCAACUCCAGGUUUCCAAGUCGGGUCCCCACCUUCAGCAGUUCCUAUUCCCGCUACGAGGGCAGCAUCUCGAUAUGCGCCAACUUCCGGAACGCCCGCUCUGUCCAGCUCUUACGAGCCUGGCUCCGGAUACAGCCCGGCUCCUGCUUCGGUUGGACGUUCGUCAAAUGAGCUGUCCCGUAGCCCCUAUGAGCCGAACGCCGGAUACAUGCCCGCACCGGCAUCUAUUGGCCGUUCAUCGAACGAAUUCUCGCGUAGUCCCUACGAAGGCGGUUCCUACAUGCCUGCGCCUGCCCCGGCAGGACGCACUUCCAACGAGCUUUCUCGCAGCCCCUAUGAGCCCCGAAAUUCGAUGGACUCGCAGCACGGCAACGCAAACGGGGGCUACAUGCCGCAGAGUCUCUCCGGCCCGUCCCUCGGAUAUACGCCCCCGACCUCUGCUCCGGCUCAGCCAGGAGCUGCACCGGUCUCCCCUCUGCAGCCGCCCGCUAACUCGCCGUACGAGCCUUAUGGUGUUAGCCAGCCGUCCACGAUCCCCUCGGUGGAGGUCGAGACGCAAACUGGCACCCAAGAAUCGAAUGACUUGUCUGGUUCCGGCUACCAGCCACCCUCCUACGUAUACGAGCCCCCGUCCCUGGUCCCCAGCGACGAGCCUCAGUCGCAAGGUCAAGAUAGCACUGGCUCGGAUGGUUACCAGCCUCCAUCUUUCCAACCGUAUGGCUACGAACCGCCCUCAUACAACCCUGAGCCUGAGGCGGACGAAGAGGCCGAGGAGCCAAAGCGAAAGCCAAAGAGUUUCAUGGAUGACGAUGAUGAUGAUAUCCCUGGUCUCAAGGCACUUAGGUCAACAUCCGAGGAUAAGAGCAAGGCGGAGAAGGAUAAGGAGAACGAGGAAAUGUUCAAGAAGGCAGCUGAAGAAGAUGCCAAGCGAGCAGCAGCCGCGCAGCAGCAGAAGAAGGGGUGGGGCUUCAGCAGCUGGUUCGGCGGCAAGAAGGAAGCGAUUCCUGAUGCCGCACAGCCCAACAAGCCUAUUAAAGCCAAGCUGGGUGAAGCCAACAACUUUGUGUAUGAUCCCGAGCUGAAGCGUUGGGUGAACAAGGCUGCAGGCGCAGACCAAGCGCAGGCCAAGACGGCGACACCGCCGCCACCGAAGGCCGGCCCUCGGUCUAUGACGGGAACACCUCCCCCUCGUAUUAUGACUCCGCCCAUGGGCCGAGCAAGCGCGCCUCCCGGUGGUCCGCCAGUUCCAGAUCUUGCGAAGACGCCCUCUAUUGAGAGUCUUGGUGGUGGCCCGCCGGGACCUCGUCCGCCUGCAAUGAUGCGCUCGGUGUCGAACACAAGUGCGGCUGGAGGUCCUCUCAGUGGUCCUCCAAGCCGGCCCGCGACGAGCAUGAGUAAUGCUAGUAGCAUUGACGACUUGCUCAGUGCCGCUGGCCCACGUAAACCCGGAGCCAAGAAGGCCAAGAAGGGUGGCCGUUACGUCGAUGUCAUGGCGAAGUAA